CCCAAGUCGGAGCCCAGCGAUCCCAAGGCGAGGUCCCGGCGCGCUGAGCGCCCGAUCCCCGCGGGCGGGCGAGCACAGCCACUCACCGCCGCUUGUCCCCCUUGCCUUCCACCACCUCCUCCUCCAGCCCACAGCUCCAGUCUCGGUUGCCCCAGAGACCGCGACGCCGCCGCGCCGAGGGACCAAUGAGAGCCCUGCUGCUGCCGCCUGCGCCGGUGGUGCUGUCGUUCUUGAUCCUCAGCUCAGCCAGUUAUGCUUCUGGAUUGGACUUUAACGACACCUACUCUGCGAAAGGGGAACCAUUUUCUGGGGACCACAGUGCUGAUGGAUUUGAGGUUAACUCACGAAGUGAGAUAUCCUCAGGAAGUGAAAUUUUCCCUGUGAGUGAGAUUCCUCCUGGUAGCGAACUGUCCUCAGGGAUCGACUAUGACUAUGCAGAAGAGUAUGACACUGAACCACAAAUAUCAGUCUAUAUUGUAGAUGAUUCAGUCAGAGUUGAACAGGUAGUGAAACCCAAGAAGAACAAAACAGAAACUGAAAGAACUUCUGAUAAACCCAAAAGAAAGAAAAAAGGAGGCAGAAAUGGAAAAAACAGGAGAAACAGAAAGAAGAAAAACCCGUGUAAUGCAGAAUUUAAAAAUUUCUGCAUUAAUGGAGAAUGCAAAUAUAUAGAGCUCCUGGAAACAGUAACAUGCCAAUGUCCUCAGGAUUACUUUGGUGAACGGUGUGGGGAAAAGUCCAUGAAGACUCACAACACGGUUAACGAUGAUUUAUCAAAAAUUGCGUUAGGAGCCAUAGCUGCCUUUGUCUCAGUCAUGAGUUUAACAGCCAUUGCUGUUGUUAUUACAAUCCAGCUUCGACAAAGACACGUCAGGGAAUAUGAAGGAGAAGCUGAAGAACGAAAGAAACUUCGACAAGAAAGUGGAAACACACAUACCAUAGCAUAAAUGAAGAUAAUAUCACAGGGCAGCAGACCGGAGUUACUGCCAAGUCACAAUCAUAACUGCUGAGUUGGUUCCUCUUUUCAGUGGAUUAUAAGAAAACAGAACCUUUUUGCUUUAAUGGUUUAAAACUUUCAAUUGUCACAUUUUGUGCUAAGUCUUAUUUCUGUACAU